AUGGGACUAAACUAGUUAAUUCCUAGCUCAAAUUUUGAAAAAACUGAGAAAAUAAAGCUUGUUAGUAGAGUUAUUUAUUAAUGCACAUAUAAAAUUACUACAACAUAAUUUAAUUCAGGAAUAGGCCCAAUUUCAGAUUUGAUGCUAUCUGAUAAAGAGCUAGUAGAAGACUAUGAGAAGAUUUAUAAAUUUUAAUUACAUAAUAUGAAUAUAUUUAUUAAAAGAGAAGACCUAAACUAGUCUCCUUAAGUUAGUAUGAAAAUAGGAAAAUAAAAGUCAAUAGGUACUAAAGAUAAUUUUAUUAGACCAAAAUAUGAAUUUUAGGGUUUUAGAAGAGUUCCAAUAGAUUAUAGACGCAAAUAUAGGGAUAAUUAAAAUAAAAGAUCAGUGAUUUUUUUAAAAGCUGAUUCAGAAGAUCUUAAGAAGUAUCUAUAAACAAAUAUUGAUUCAGAUUAUAUCUUAAAUGUGAGAGUUUCUGAAGAUUAUAAUUGUGGUAACUAUGAAAUAAAGCUAAACUAGUUAAUUCCUAGCUAAAAUAUAUAAGAACCUGAGAAAAAAAAGCUUGUGUAAUUAUGCUUGAAAAGUUAUAAAAGAUUAAUUAGAAACCCUGAAUUGAAUUACAGUAGUAGAAAUAUUUAAAAAUGCACUUAUAAAGGUAAUACAAUAUAAUCUUAUUAUGGAAUAUGCCCAAUUUCAGAUUUGAUACUAUCUGAUAAAGAGCUCGUGGAAGGCUAUGAAAAGAUUUCUAAUUUUAAAUUAGAUAAUAUGAACAUGUUUAUUAAAAGAGAAGACCCAAAUUAGUCUCUAUUAGUUAAAAUGGAAAUAAGAAACCAAAAUUCAAAAGAUACUCAAAAUUAUUUUUUAAGACCAACGGAUAUGAAUUUUAAAUUAGAUGUACUAUGUACUUUAGAGUAUAAUUAAGAAUGCACAAAAUAACCAUUUGAAACCAAUCUUACUUUAUACUUAGAGAAUAGAGUGCCAAUAGACUUGAGAUGCAAAUAUAAUCCUAAAUAUGAUAAUUGGUGUGAAACCUGA